AUGGUGGGACACUUUUCGGCACAGAAGACGCACAGCGCAACGUCACGCUCUCUCUGGGUUCUCUCACCAUGCGUUUUGACACGAGGCAUCAUCUUGUUGAACAAGUACUCGUCAAGCUCAUUGGCGAUACGUCCACUGUUGGCGCAACGAUCCAUGGAACGAGAUCUGAGUCAAGAAACUAGAGAACUGACUGGGCCAACAUCGCUAGUGGCUGUUACGAAGGAUGUUCAGAGUCUAGGUCUUGCGGCUAUCAGACAGAGAGUUGAGGAGAUUGAAGCAGGCCUGCUUCUUCAUAUGAUGCGGCACGAGAUGCGCAUGACAUUGGGCAUCUCGCCGCUGCACCAACCAAGACCAAUUUACAAGGCCACUGACUGCCCUGAGAGAACUUGCAAGAAUUGCACUUGGUUCUCUCAACUGACCACACUCGGGUGGCCCAGGUCUGCCCCAAGAAAAUCUGCAAGCAUCGACUUCUCCGCCAAUGCUGAGCUCCAGCUUGCCCGAGAGGGAUCUACUCGUGUCGAACCCAUCGACUCUUUCAGGACCGCUGACCUACACCCAGCCAUACUCUGCAACGUGAAGCUUGCAGGCUACGAUAUGCCCACCCCCAUUCAACGCUACUGUAUCCCCGCAACCGUCCUGUGGCAGGAGAGUGUCAGAGGACUAAGGUAA